CGUGGGGAGGGCGAAAAACGGCUACUGCGCACUGUGGCUGCGUCCCUAGGCCUACAGGUCGCUGCUCGUUUACCUAAGCGGGCGUUACAAUUUGGCUCACGUAUUGCCAAGACUGAAUCUCUUCAUAAAGUGAUUGGUGCCGACUCAAACCAUCAAGACGCCAAAUAA